AUGCACCGCGGCAGCGACCGCUCCGGCGACCCCUCCGGCCCCGCGGGCGGCGCUCGCAGCGGCGCGGACGGCAGAUUCGCACGCGGACCCUCACGCUGGUCCGGCGGCGGCGGGGGUAGCCCCCCGCCCCACCGCUCCUCCCGCGGCGGGAGCAGCGACGGCGGCGGAGGCGGAGGCGGGAGGUUCCAUCCGUACCGUGCGCCGUCUGAAUACGUUGUUGGCGGUGGUGGAACUGGAGGGUACAGAGGCGGCGGCGGCGGCGGCGACUUUGGUGAGACGGCCGGUGGAGCGAGGAGCCGCUACGGAGGCGGUGGCAGCGGCGGCGGAGGCCGUGGAGACUACUCAGAUCAUGAUAACAAAAGUGGUUAUGUUAAACUUUUUGUUGGAUCAGUUCCAAGAACAGCAAAUGAAGAUGAUGUUCGACCUUUAUUCGAGGAUCAUGGAGAUGUUCUUGAAGUUGCUUUGAUCAGGGAUAGGAAAACUGGUGAACAACAAGGCUGUUGUUUUGUUAAAUAUGCUACUUCUGAAGAGGCUGAGAGAGCCAUCAGAGCUCUGCAUAACCAGUGCACUAUUCCUGGGGCGAUGGGCCCUGUUCAGGUUAGAUAUGCUGAUGGUGAAAAGGAGCGUCAUGGGUCUAUUGAGCACAAAUUGUUUGUUGCAUCACUGAAUAAGCAAGCAACUGCAAAGGAGAUUGAAGAGAUUUUUGCUCCUUUUGGUCAUGUGGAAGAUGUUUACAUUAUGAAAGAUGGCAUGAGGCAGAGCCGAGGCUGUGGUUUUGUCAAAUUCUCAUCAAAAGAACCUGCACUUGCAGCCAUGAAUUCUCUUAGUGGGACUUACAUAAUGAGGGGGUGCGAGCAACCAUUAAUAGUUCGAUUUGCUGAUCCGAAGAGGCCUAGACCUGGAGAAUCAAGGGGUGGCCCUGCAUUCGGAGGUCCUGGUGUCAGUUCUCGAUCUGAUGCAGCACUAGUUAUCAGGCCGACUGCCAAUCUUGAUGAGCAAAUAGGUCGACACAUGCCUCCUGACAGUUGGCGCCCUUCAAGCCCAAGCUCAAUGGCACCUCAUCAGUUUAAUAACUUUGGGUCUGACAAUUCUAUGGGCCUGAUGGGCGGCCCUGUUACAUCAGCAGCAGAUAAUGUUACUUUUCGGCCUCAGAUGUUUCAUGGGAAUGGUUCUUUGUCAAGUCAGACAGCUGUGCCGACAUCAUCUCAUAUGGGCAUAAAUCCUUCCUUGUCACAAGGGCAUCAUCUAGGUGGGCCACAGAUCUCGCCCUUGCAAAAGCCAACUGGCCAACCGCAGAAUUUCCCUGUACAGUUGCAGAAUGCUCAGCAAGGGCAGCUUCAUGCCUCACAAUCCUUGGGGCCUGGUUCUUUUGGCCAGAAUAUACCAACUAUGCAAUUACCUGGCCAGCUCCCUGUGUCACAACCGUUGACGCAGCAAAAUGCUUCUGCAGGCGCUCUACAGGCGCCUUCAGCUGUACAGUCCAAUCCCAUGCAAGCUGUUCCUGGACAACAGCAACUUCCUUCGAAUGUAACACCGCAAAUGCUGCAGCAGCCUGUCCAGCAGAUGCUGUCACAAGCACCACAGUUGCUACUCCAACAGCAGCAGGCAGCUAUACAGUCCAGUUAUCAAUCUUCACAGCAGACGAUUUUUCAGCUUCAGCAACAGCUGCAGCUACUGCAGCAGCAGCAGCAGCACCAGCAGCAACCUAACUUAAAUCAGCAGCCACAUACGCAAGUUCCUAAGCAACAGGGACAGCCGGUGCAAUCUAAUACCCCUGGUGCUCCGGCUGCCAUGAUGACGACAAAAAUAAAUGCAAUUCCACAGCAGGUCAAUUCGCCUGCAGUUUCUUUAACUUGCAAUUGGACCGAACAUACCUCACCGGAAGGUUUUAAAUAUUACUACAAUAGCAUAACUCGAGAGAGUAAGUGGGAGAAGCCUGAAGAAUAUAUACUGUAUGAGCAGCAGCAGCAGCACCAGAAACUUAUUUUACUUCAACAGCACCAACAAAAGCUUGUUGCGCAGCAACUUCAGUCACCUCCUCAGGCUCAAACUAUUCCGCCUAUGCAAUCUAUGCAACACCAUCCCCAGUCACAGCAAGGACAUAACCAAAUGCAGAUGAAACAGCAGGAUUUGAAUUAUAAUCAGUUACAGGCAACUGGCACGAUUGAUCCCAGUAGGAUUCAGCAGGUAGGGAAUUCAAGCUGCUCAAGAGCGUUCUUGGAAAAGUUGACUGCAGGUGGACGAAUGAUGUGUCAGCCAAGACUCCAGUCUCAGGAAUGUGCUCCAGCAAAACCUGCCGCUUCCGUCUGUGACAGUGUUUUUUGCCUUCGCGCGGAUGGCCAUGUUGACUCUUGCGGUCAUUGUAACUCUGAAUUUAGCUUAGAUUAG